CUGCACAACGACUACUUUUACUGUCUUUAACUAUAUUUAGAUGAGAAUACUUUAUACUUUCACUUGAGGAACAUUUUGAAGUAUUCCUACACUUAGCUUCAGCAAAAUGACCUUAAAUAGUCCCAAGUUAAAUCAAACUGUACUACAGGCGAAUAUCAGAAGCACCAGGAAGUGCGCUGUAGGUUGAAUCCCAUAUUUGGAAUGACCUAGUGGCCAACCGGCGGUACUACACCAGUCCGUGACGUCACUCGGCCUAAAAAAAAUCCUCUAAAAGCAGAAUCCUGAUUUAUUUCUCCAUUCAUCUGACUGACAGAGAGCUGGAGACCGGAGGCGGGGCCUAAGGGAAAACUGAACUGCGCAUGCUCAGUGGGCCCACAUCCGGGUCCUUUCUGGAUCUACAGUCGCUCCAUUUCUGGCUUCAUGCAGCACUGAGCAGCUUCACAGGACUGAACAAGGCUGGGUCCAGUUCUCUUUUUACAGCCGUGUUGAGCACAAUUCCACCCCUCCUCGUUUCCUUUCCUUCCCCUCUUCCUCCCUCGCUGGAGCAGGAAUAAGGAGCUUCUUCAUCUUCAUCUUCUUCCAUGAUCACAAUGGCCCUGAACCCGCAGUUCCCAGAAAACUCCUAUAAAAUGACCGAGGAGGACGUGAAGAGGCUGAUCGAGCUCAGGGCGUCCAACGAGGCGCUGUUCACCGGGAAGAGGAACUCUGCCAAGUUAGCGUGGAGCACCAUCCUGAAGGGUCUCGGUCUGGAGGGGAAGCUGACGCCCGACCAGAUCGCCAAGAAGUGGGACAACCUGCGGACUAAAUACAAGGACCUGAAGCAGCCGUACCAGGGUCAGGACAGCCUGGGGGGGGCGGUGGAGUCGUGGCCCUGGUUCCACAUCAUGGACGAGGCGAUGCACGGACGCCUCUUCAACAGCAGCCUGGUGCUCAGCCUGGACGGGACCCACAGCCAGAACCAGACCCAGAGCCACAGCCAGACCCAGAACCACAGCCAGACCCAGAACCAGAACCACAGCCAGACCCAGAACCAGAGCCACAACCAGAGCCACAACCAGAACCAGAGCCACAGCCAGACCCAGAACCAGACCCACAACCAGACCCAGAACCAGAGCCACAGCCAGACCCAGAACCAGAGCCAGGAGAACACCGACAUCCUGGAGUUCCUCAUCAAGACGGAGAUGGAGGACACGGUGGCGCAGGAAGCAGCAGUGCAUGAUGGGACGCUGCACGGGGACGCUGCUCCCACUGAGGGGGUGCCGAUGGGCUGGAGGAGGAUGAGUGAGUGCUCUUACAAAAUGUCUGAAACGGAAACGGAGAGGAUGAUCAAACUUCGAGCAGCAAACGAGGCUCUGUUCACCGGAAGGAAACACUCCGCCAAACCCGCCUGGAGAGCCAUCCUGUACGAGCUGGGUCUUCAGGGGAAGCUGACCACCGAGCAGCUGGCCAAGAAGUGGGACAACCUGAAGAGGAGGUACAAGGAGCUGAAGUUCCCCGCCCGCGGCGUGGAGACCAACCCCUCCUCCUGGCCCUGGUUCUACCGCAUGAACGACGCCAUGGAGGGCCGCUUCACGGGCACCGCGCCCGUCCUCACGCCCAUCGUGGAGGACGAGGACGAGGACAUGGAGCCGCUGUCGCCCGUGCCGAGGAAACGAGCGCGGAGGAGCCGGGGCGGCAUGGCCGAGUUCCUCACCGAGUCUGAGAUGGACCUGCUGGUGGAGCAAGACGACAAGAGCGGGUCCACGGCGCUGGGAGACCUGCAGAGGAUGGCCGAGUUCACAUACAAGUUGACAGAAGAAGACAUCCGGAGGCUGAUUGAGCUGCGAUCUUCAAACGAGUCUCUGUUCACCGGCAGGAGGAACACGGCCAAGCCUGCAUGGAGGGGCAUCGUGAAGGAGAUGGGUCUGACGGGGAAGAUCACUCCGGAUCAGGUGGCCAAGAAGUGGGACAACCUGAAGACCAAAUUCAAGGACCUGAAGUUCCCUCCGCGGGGCAUGGAGGGCCAGACGCCCCCCGCCUCCUGGCCCUGGUUCUCCCUGAUGGGUGACGCUCUGGAGGGCCGUCUGGCAGGGAAGGCUGCCCGUGUGACGCCGGUGUGGAGCAGCGAGGAGGACGCCAUCUUUGUUUCCUCCCCCCUUCCUCCCCCUCCUCCCCCCCCCGAGAGGGAGUGCCUGCUGGAGGGGAGGGGCAGCGUGUCCGAGCUGGAGUCCAUGGGGGGGGGCGACGCCGCCGACGGGAACGUGACGUACAUCGACGCCAGCGGAGAGGAGUGCUCCACGCCCUCAGAAAACUCCUAUAAAAUGACGGACCAGGACACGAGGAAGAUGAUCAGACUGAGAGCCGCUAACGAGGCGCUGUUCACCGGCAGGAGGAACGCUGCUAAAGCUGCAUGGAAGGCGAUCAUCAGGGAGAUCGGGUUGCAGGGGAAAGUCUCGACCUAUCAGAUGGCCAAGAAAUGGGACAAUCUGAAGAGGAGAUAUAAGGACCUAAAGUACCCUCCUGUUGGGAUGGAGAACAUGUCGGACAGCGCCUCCUCCUGGCCGUGGUUCCAGUUGAUGAACGACGCCAUGGAGGGCCGUCUGACGAGCAGCGCCCCCCUCCUCACCCCCGUAACCCAUGACGACGACGACCAUCCCUCCCCAAAACAUCGUCCUCGCUCCUCCCUUCCUCCCCUUCCUCUUCCUCCUCCUCUUCCUCAAUCCUCCACAGACUUCGUAGAUGAGGCGUUUGGUGGCGACGAUGGAGGCGACGAUGGAGGCGACGAUGGAGGCGACGAUGGAGGCGACGAUGGAGGCGACUCUGGGGCGAACGAGGCUCAGCUGGGAGGCCUGGAGAGAGAGUGGGAGAUGGUGGAGAGAGAGAGGGAGGCGCUGGAGAGAGAGAGGGAGAUGGUGGAGAGAGAGAGAGCGACGGUGGAGAGAGAGAGAGCGACCGUGGAGAGAGAGAGAGCGACGGUGCAGACGGAGAGACUGUGGCUGGAGAGAGAGAGGGAGACGCUCGGGCGAGAGAGAGAGGCGCUGGAUCAGAGGGCGCUGAUGAUGAACUCUGUGGGGCAUUCAGGACACCUCAACGCCCUCAUGUAGAGCGCAAAGAGACGUAAAGACAUAAACAGGCCCGGUGUAAAGAGACAUAAUGAGGACACAAAGAAGCCCGGUGUAAAAAGGACGUAAAGAGAUGAACUCUGUGGUGCAUUCAGGACACCUCAACGCCCUCAAGUAGAGCAGAAAGAGACAUAAAGAGGACGCUCGGGGCAUGUAGAGCAAAUAGCCGUUUGGUCCUACAGUGGAGAUCGACUGGGACAAAGCAGCGAGCUCUGGGACAUUAAGCUGCAGGAUGUAGAGGGACGAGCUCCACCGAUGACUAGAGGGUAGCUCUGGAGCAUGUAGAGCAAAGAGCGACCGGGAUAUAACCACGAGCUCUCUGGACAUAACCACGAGCUCUCUGGACAUAACCACGAGCUCUCUGGACAUAACCACGAGCUCUCUGGACAUAACCACGAGCUCUCUGGACAUAACCACGAGCUCUCUGGACAUAACCACGAGCUCUCUGGACAUAACCACGAGCUCUCUGGACAUAACCACGAGCUCUCUGGACAUAGCGACAAGCUCUCUGGACAUAACCACAAGCUCUCGGGACAUAACAACGAGCUCUCGGGACAUAACCACAAGCUCUCUGAACAUAACCACGAGCUCUUGGGACAUAACCACGAGCUCUCUGGACAUAACCACGAGCUCUCUGGACAUAACCACGAGCUCUCGGGAUAUAGCGAAGAGCUCUCGGGACAUAACCACGAGCUCUCUGGACAUAACCACGAGCUCUCUGGACAUAACCACGAGCUCUCGGGACAUAGCGACGAGCUCUCUGGACAUAACCACGAGCUCUCGGGACAUAACCACGAGCUCUCUGGACAUAACCACGAGCUCUCGGGACAUAGCGACGAGCUCUCUGGACAUAACCACGAGCUCUCUGGACAUAACCACGAGCUCUCGGGACAUAGCGACGAGCUCUCUGGACAUAACCACGAGCUCUCUGGACAUAACCACGAGCUCUCGGGACAUAGCGACGAGCUCUCUGGACAUAACCACGAGCUCUCGGGACAUAACCACGAGCUCUCAGGACAUAGCGACGAGCCCCAGGAAAAGAGGACAUCUCGAGGGAACGUAGUAGAGCAACGAAUUACAAAUAUUCAAGUCCUCUGAAGACGUGGAGCUAAGGGGUUGUAGAGCAUCCCUGCAGUAUAUGUUGAGACUUUUACACAAUUAGCAUUAAUUAGCAAAUGCAGACAAUAGUUAAACAAUGGCUUGGCAGAUUUGGACAGUUUUUAGUCCAUUUCUGACAUUUUCAGGAUCAAUAGCUAUUUUAACCCAAAAGUGCCCAUAUUUGUACUUUUUAAGCAGAUUUUGACAUAUUUUGGUUUGAUUUGAAAGUUCUAGGCCACUCCAAACUGCUAUUAGUGAUCCUAAAAAUAUCCGACAUUGAUUUAAUGACCUCCUAAAAAAGCCAAAUCGGCCACGCCAUCUUUUUGCUAUCGUCUCCAUAUGCUUACUAAUUAACGCAACUUGUGCUAAUUGUAUAAAAUCCAGCAGUUUCUAUGAUCUGGAGACCCUACUCUCCCUAACACAGCAGACGUAGAGUAUCUGAACGGGAGAGCUGCACACUUUUAAAUAGUCAUCAUCCUUCCUGCUGCCUUCCCUCUGAGGUAGGAGUUGUAGUUUCGUUAGCGACGUCACUGAGUAUUAAGAGCCAUUCAGGGAGAAAUGAAGGUGAGUCAGCAGAGGAGGUUCAUGUACAAGAUUUAAAUUAACAUUUUCUGUGAUUAAAUUUACAAAUGCAGCUGUACAUUUACCAGAUUUAAGUCGUUAACUUUGAUGUUUUCUGGUAAAUCUACAAGAUCAAAAAGAACAAAUCUUCUCUGAGGUUAUAUAUAGAUUAUAACUCCUCCCUAAAACAUAUUUUGAUGUGGAUCGUUCGUGUGGUGUUUCUUUAGUUUAACACUACACAAACAGAUUGUUUUUCUCAUUUUAAUUAUAAUUGUGCAGCUCUACCCGUUGAUUAGACCCUCGCUCAUGUAAAGCCACUUUGGACCCUCGAUGAAUAUGAAACUCUGAUCUCUGGAUUGAUUUGGGCGUCCCAUCGUAAGAGGUUCCUAUUGAUUUACACUUUUUUUAAAAUCAUUUCUAUCCAAGCGUUGAUGCUGGACGGAACGAGAGCGAAGAAUAUUCUGCAUCGGCUUCCACUUCCUGUUUCCUCCAGAGACUCAAGACUGAAUCAGUUGUUGGUUUGUCUCUCGCGCGAUUUGUACGAACUGAAAUGAGAUUAAAAAGUUUCAUUAUCACUUUAA